AUGCCAAAGAAAGGAGGGACAACACCUGGGCUUCAAAAGGAUGUCCCAUGGAGGGUAUCAACUUCAAAACCCAUUCCCAAAAUUCACCACUCUCCUAUUCUCCGCGUCUCUCAAAACCCAUUUUCCAAUUAUGCUCUCUCUGUCAUGAAGCACCCUAAUCCCAUUGAAACUGGCUUAGCUACUGAAGCGCUUGUGGAAGCUGCUGGUCCUGAUUGUAUUGUCCCUGGCCAGAUUACACCCAUCCGUUUACUUGGUCUUAAGGUUUGGCCUAUUGAGGUUGACCUGAAAUUUAUGGAACCUGUUGGACGAGAGCUUAAGUUACUUGGAAAGUUCAUGGAUGAUGCUGUCAACCUGAUGAACAAGUCAUUUGUAGAUCGCUAG